AUGAAUAAUCAAGAAAUAUUGGAAUUUUUAAACAAUAAUCAAGAAUUUUUACUAAUCUAUAAAGGAAAAGUUUUAAUGUCAUUGAUUUAUCGUGCAUUUUAUAAACAUUAUUAUUUUGGUAUUCUAGGAGAAAAAGACAACAAAUUUAUUAAGCAAGAAUUAGCUGGAAAAUAUAUUACCACUGUUAAAGAAAAAAGAUAUUUCAAAUUAGUACUUAAAACGGCAAUAAAUAGUGUAAAACAACAAGCUAAACAAUAUAAACAAGAAGAAAUUUUUAAAAAAGCGAUUGAAAAACAUCAAAAU